AUGGCAAAAGAAAACAACCUCAAUGUCUACAAGGGCCCUAACUCGCUCAGAAAUUACUUCGAUCCGGACUCGUCACCACCCUUGCCGUUGGUAGAGGUCCCAGACUGCCUCAACCCCUACCGCCGAGAUGGAAUCCGCAUCUACGCAAAGAUGAUGUCCAUGCAUCCUGCCAACAACGUCAAGUGCAUGCCAGCUCUGAAUCUUCUAAGUAACAGCAUCGUUCCCGGCAAGACUGAGACAGUGGUCGAAUAUAGCUCCGGCUCGACUGUCUUGUCAAUGUCACUGAUUGCCCGCGCACUCUAUGGCCUGCCGGAUGUACGGGCGUUUUUGAGCAACAAGACGAGUCUUGCCAAGAUUCGGCUUAUGCAGCUGUUUGGCAUCAACAUCACUUUGUUCGGAGGGCCCUCGCAGCCAGAACCACUGGAUGAACGAGGCGGCAUCAGGGCCGCACAGCGGAUGGCCUUGGAGUCGGAUACCGUCAUCAACCCAGAUCAAUAUGGGAAUGACAACAACUGGAAAGCGCACGUCAAAUGGACGGGACCGCAGAUCCUGAAGCAGCUGCCUGAGAUUAAUGUCAUAUGCGCGGGAAUGGGCACCUCUGGAACCAUGACUGGACUGGGCACGUUCUUCAAGGAGGCCAAGCCCUCGGUCUACCGCCUUGGUGUAUGCACGGCUCCAGGAGAUCGAGUCCCCGGCCCUCGCUCCUAUGCCCUUCUUGCCCCCGUUGAGUUCCCUUGGCGCACGGCCGUCGACCACAUCGAAGAAGUCGGCUCGCACGAGUCCUACUCUCUGUCCCUUGAGCUGAUUCGCAACGGUCUCGUCUGUGGGCCGUCAUCGGGCUUCAACCUCCAGGGCCUGUACCAGCUCAUCGAAAAGCGCAAGGCCGACGGCACGUUGGCCGAGCUGGCUGGCCCAGACGGCGAGAUUCACUGCGCAUUCCUUUGCUGCGAUCUUCCGUAUCAGUAUGUCAAUGAGUACUUUGACAAGCUGGGCGACGAGUAUUUUGCGCCCAUCAACAACCAAGAACUUCUCGGAGUCGACUCGUAUCGAUAUGACGAGAAGUGGGAGCGCGAUGCCACCGAUGCUCUCAACGACUUCUUCGGAGUCGAUCAGUCAAAGAUUGGCGACGUCCUUCGUCUCGCCCUGGAAAUCGCCACAGGCGACAGCACUACGGAGCUCGAAGGCCUCAUCCAGCGCAAACCUGACACUGCUGUUCUUGACCUACGUCGAGCCGCUGACUUUGCGCAAUUCCGUCUCCCUGGCUCCGUCAGCGUGCCCCUCGUGCAGCCCGAAAGCGCAAGUCCGUUUUUCGAUUCUGACGUCCUCCGAGUCCUAUGGCAGCGCCUUGAGGACACGUUCGCGUCACCCCCCAAAGACCUGCAGCAGGCCAUACUCGGAAAGCGCAUUCUGGUGCUGUGCUACGACGGAGACAGCGCUCGCGUGGCGACGAGUGUGCUGCGCGCAAAGGGCUAUCAGGCAGACAGCAUACGCGGAGGGUUCAAGGCGCUGGGCGAGAUGCGCGCAGAGGCACCCGCGCAAACAGCCGACCAGCAAGAUACUCUAUGGUUGAAGUUGAGCUGCGACUCCGCGCCGUCGCAGCCUAGCCACAUUGCCGUCACGGUCAAUGCCGUCGAGUCAGCGUCUGGCUGA